CACCUAAUAUCUAUGUAAAGCCACAUGUAUCUUUGUUUAGGGACACUCAUCCAAUCUCAGCUCACUGGCAGUGUCAAUUCUUCUACAAACACAAUAGAAGAGUCCUGGGAAACCAGUUCCAGUUCCACCCAGCAAAGCACUGGUUAAUUCUGUCCCCUCCCAGCAUCACAGUGUAUAAAUGGCUUCAUCUCGUGAGAAGCAAAGGUUACACGCUGCAGAUGGGCAAGCUAUGGGUUAAUUGCUGCUGCCUUCCCAUUGGCUGGGAGGAGAAUCUGUACUGCCACACAGAGCAAGUUAGAAUGUCGAAAACGUGGCUGCAACAGUAUCUGUUCCAGGGCUCAGAGCAGCUCUCACAGUCUCACAUCCCAGGAGUGAAGGCAACCUGGCCCUGGCUUCUCGUCCAUGGCAUCAACUGCAUCAUCACAGGGGCACAAGAUACAUGACAGCUGUCCAGACAAGCAGCAGCAAUCCAUUAGCCAAGCUAGAGCCCUGACAGCCCAAGAUGCUUCCUGUCCCUGCAAUGCUAAAUGACCUUCAUUGUACAGAAGAGGUUGGAGAGCAGAUCCACUUCCUUGCCAACCACUGAAGCCCGUUUCAGAGAUCUGGUCCUGUUCUACAUGGAUUUCUUUCUUGCAAUCUGCUGAGCUUCAUGUCUUCCCUGUCUGACUAUUUAACAUUGAGCCAAUAUGACCAGUGUGCAUGGAGGAAGUCUUAGGACAUUUUUACUGCUCUGCCUCUUUGGAUGCAGACCUAUUGAGGGCUGGAUGAACAUGCAUGGGGACCAGGUCAAGACAGGGACCCCAAUAUUUUCUGAGGUGCAAGCUUCUGCUGCAGGUGGGAGCAUGGAGGUGGAAGCUGCAACCACACAACGUUACGUCCAGCGUUUGAGAAGAGGCACCCCUUCAGCAAAUGUAUCCAGACAGAAGAUCCAGGCUAAUGCCUUGCCAAAGGGGUUUGUCUGCCCAUAUAAAGUAAUCAGUGAGGACAGGGCGAGCCAUAGAAGCAUCUGUUUCAGGACCCUGGACAGCAACUUCCAUUGUGACCAAAGAAACUGCAAAGCCUUCAAAUCCAGGGGGUCCUUGGUGGCCAAUGUCUUGAGGAACAGCAGUGUGCUCUUGCAGUGGCUGCCCCCAGCCCCCCAGCUCCAGGAUUUAAAGGGUUUCAACAUGAACUGCUCAUGGAAUGGCACGUUCACACGCUUCCUGUGUGACAGUGUCCAGCUGGGUAUCAGCUGCAGGGAUUACCUAUUCUCCAAUGUCCAUGAGAAUGUCAAGUACACAGUGUGUGUGCAGACACUUUACACAAACAGGACGUCAUUGGAAGAAUGUGUAGAGUUCACUGUGGAGCCAUUGGGGAUGCAGGAUAUAGUGAUUGCAAUGACAGCAGUAGGGGGCUCUAUAUGUGUGAUGCUGGUCAUCAUAUGCCUUUUAGUGGCCUAUAUCACAGAAAAUCUUAUGCACCCCAAUUUUAGCCACCCUUCUGCCAAAAGGGGACCCUGAUCUCCCGGGUUUCAUAUAGCUGAGGAUCACUGGCAGAACUCUUUCUAUGCUCAGUAUGUUUUUUUUUUAAUGUAGAAUAAGUUUGGAUUUUACAUGAUCAGUUUCUGAAACCUGGAAUAGUGGGGGGUUAACUUGCUUCUAAUUCCAAAGUAAAGUUGGGUUGACCUUCACCUAAGAGAGGGCAUCACUGUGAAACUAGUGACAGGGGUUGUAUUGGGUCCUAUUUUGUAUUUAGCUAUUUAUAAGUGUGUGUAUUGGUUGUGUCCGUGUUUAAUGGGGGCUCUGAGCCUCAUAGGAAUGAAAACGUGGAUGUUAAAGUCAAUAAUAGGUCCAUCUCUGACGAACUGAUUCAAUUAUUUCAUUCCUCUCCAUUGCCUUUGUUUCAUUUCAAUGCGGGCUUUUUAAAUUAACAAUAGAGUGGCAAAGUAGUAUAGGAUCAAAUCUAGCCUGUGAAUAGCCAUAAAUGGGAGAAGGGAUAUAAAAUUUAACAAUUCGUUUUUUACUGUGUGAUUGUUAAGCGUCACUUAGGUACAAAAGACGAAUACAUGAUUUGGAAUACUGUGACAUUUAGCUGUUCCUGACUGCAACUCCCAUCACUGCCAGGCAGACUAUAGAAGCUAGGUGGACGAUGAGAGUUGCACUCAGAUUGGAGAUGCAGGGCUGCAGUUUGCCAACCCUGAUGUUAACACAAGUAAUAUUGGCAGUGUGUGCUGUAUGUAUUAUGUAUGUAGAGUUUUGUAUUUCAAAUAAUGUCUCCUGGAAGUAGUAGCCUUAGCAUGGGGAUUACAGUUUAUUGUCUGUCUGUUUGGGUAUCUGUCAAUGACAGUAUUAAUGGAAUAUGUGAAUUUUGACAAAGUCUAGCAGUGUAUAUAGCACAGAACAAAGCCCUCACAUUAUGUCAUUUUUCAUAAUAAAUGUUACACAUAGCAAUAAUCCUUACUUAAAAUAAGGCAAAUAUGAUCAUUGCUAAAUGAAUCUUGACAGCUCUUUUCAUUUGGUUUAUAAACCAAAAAUGUCUGCUGUUGCUGUAGACAUUUGUACCUGGGUGACUAAUGCAGCAUUCUGUUCUCUAUUCUUGUCUGAUUGCUGGCUAAAUCUUGCCUUUCUUAUCACUUUACUGUCAUUCCUCUUUUACUGCUUCAGUAAUGGAUUUUAAUAUUACACUGCUUCAAGGUUCAUUUAAGCAGCCUAAUUUUAAUUAGGAACAGAAGGCAAGCUUGGGAAUUAAGUUCUGCAAUACUAGGAUGCCUCCCUGAUGCAUUACAUAUUAAAAAACUGAAUUAUAUGUUAUCAUUGUCAUCAUAAAAUAAUAUAAUAGCACAUAUUCUGUAUCUCUUGUAGGAUAUUAUUUGCACAGACACAUUAGUUCUGUACAGACAGAACAUUGAAAUAAUUUAGACUCAAGGUUUCGGAGCUUGACCCUCUAUCUCUUGUAGGACUAAGCUGACCCUACAUUGAAUGUUGUUCUACGUUAACCCCUUUUACCCUGUUUUGCCAUUGGUUGGAGGGCAUGUAGUCCAACAGUCCUUGCAGGGCCAAGUUUAGACAGCUACGAUCCAGAGAAUAUCACACUAUACUCUGCUACAGUAUGCAAUAACUAAGAAUUAACAUGAUAAUGCUAAUAUACGUAAAGUUUGAAAAAUGGAAGAUAUACAUAUAGUAAGUUUAAACCUCAAGAAAUGGAAAUAAACAACAGAAAGUGAAUUUGAUAAUUAAGUACUGGAUAAUACAGUGCAGGUUAACAAUAAGCCCUUAUAUGUCAUGGGUUAUAGUGGGCUAUAUAGAAAUGCUUGUGAUUUCAGUAGAAUGCCUUGGGUAGAGGAACUGACUCUUCCUGCUUUAAUGAGAUCAAAUGGCAUUAUUUGAGAAGUGCAAUGGAAACCGAUGUAUCUGUGCCUCAAGAGGUUAACUCUUGAUUCCCCAUGUGGGGAUGCAGUAAAUUGCAAAAUGCAGAGAUUCACAAUGCAGAGAAAAAAACUAGAAUAGAAUAAUAAAAAUAAUGCAAGGUUUAAUGCCAUUUAAUCGAGUCCUCUCUGUAAUUAGAUAAAAGACUUCAGAGAAGAAUCUAUGAGAUUUCACUUUUUUCAAUUUACUGCUAGUGAAUUUCUUCCGACGAGUUUCAUGCUACUUUGGAAUGUGAAGAGUUAAAGUACAGUACAUGGUCUAUUGAGAGUUUUGAGGCCUACUUAUUUAUAGUGUGGCUGAAGACGGCAAGAUUAAAUUAGUAAAAUAUUAUAUACUUGAUUUGAUCAGUUCUCAAAAUUCCAUCUCUGCUAGUAUAAUGAAAGAGACUCGUAACCUCACUUAAACGUAUACUAAAGGUUGGUGUUGACCCAUUCUUUUUAUAACAUAUAGAACAUGCAUUAAAAAUAAAUGCAGAUACAAUACAUUUCAAAUAAUAAAAAGUAUAUAUUUGCAUUUGAACUGAUUGUGUUUGUUUAAAAUCCCCAGGCUUUAUAACAUUUGGAGUGAGUGCUCACCAAAUCAAGAUGUGGCUCAACUAAACAUUGUUCCAAAGUACAUUUGGUUUUAUCCCCAUAAACAGUACGUUAUGGGUCCAGGAAAGGAUUUGGGAGUUGUAGUUCAAUUGUCAGUUGUUUAGUGUAUCUGACUUAAGGCAGAGCAUUAUUUUUGGUGUUAAAUGAGGAAUCACUGCAAGUUGGGGGAAGAGGCUUAAAGGAUGGUUAUGGAAGAAAAUUAAGCAUGAAAAAAUGAAGCACAGCAAGAAAAUUGCCCGAACCACUUUUCCCAAAAGUAAAACAUGUUUUGGGACUCCCGAGUUUCUGCCAAAUUUUUGUUCGGCUUGGCAGAAUUUCAGUAACCAAAAACUGGCUUUGGAAACCAAAUCAGCUGAACCAAAUGGGCACAAAAAGGGGCAAAACAGUUGCCAUAUACUGACAGGAGCAUUUUGCCGCCAUUUGGUUCACAAGUGAGAAAGUAACCAAUAGAGGGAAAACCAUACUUAUUAAAUAUAUAAUAAAUAUAGAUUCCCCUCUACGCCUCCUGCCUAUUGGUCACUUCUCACUUGAUUUGUGAAUAAAAUCAACAUUUGGUGACAUCAAUCAUCUUUUUUUCCCAUAAAUCAUUUCAUUUUUUUGGCGUAAUUCAGAACCACAAUCUGAAACGAACAUGCUCCACCAUUGCAAGUUUCGGUGUGCGAGACUUCCUGUAACCUAACCUGCACAUUGCACCUAUGGGUGCCUGGAGUGCCCAAUUUAAUGUGGUAACAUUCUCCCUAUCGUGAAAAAUAAGCCAAAGUUUUGAUCGUACCAAAAACACUUAAAGGGUUAAUUCCACAUAAAAAAGUAAGGGUUAAUUGUUUUACCUGAAAUACACACAGUCAGUACAAUUGCAGCAUGUCUAGCUGUGGCCCUCCAACUGUUACAAUAUAUUUCAAUUAAUCUUCUAUCAGUGUUGGUGAAGUCCCAGCCAAAAGCUGUUUUAGUAAAGGUGACUAAUUUGCAAAGUAACUUAUCUAGUGAUCCAAGUCCUGGUGUAGCCAGGAUUUAUAUUACAGGUAACCCAGACACUACAUAAGCCCUUAUAUUUAUUUAUCAGUAUUUUAAAAGUACGGUGAAUAGGACUGUCAGCAAUUGGUCAAUAAUUAUAUUAUUAUUGUCUGAUUGGCAUUUCUGGGCACUGGAUACUGGCGUUAAGGGUUUUGCUUGAUGGAAACUUCUGUAUGUACCCAAGUAUUAUUUAAUGAAUUUAAUAAUAUCCUGUUGAUAUGUUUAAUAUGGAACCUUUAAUUAAAAACAAACAAAAAAAAAAAAAAAACAAUAUUCAUCUGCAAUAAAAAUAAUGUAAACCACUCUACUUCAUAUUUCACACCAAUGGGCAACUUGCCAUAAAGCUUAACCCUUCUAGUUCAUCCCUCACAAACCAAAACCAAAUCACCCAUCACAUUAACUCAUACAUUGGCAAAGUCUUGUCUUUCUAUUUGCAACCAGCCUGCAUUAUAGCUCAUAUAAUCUUAUGGUAUAGUGAUCCGGAUGUUAAACUAUCUUUCACCUCUCUUAACAAGAACGGAUAACGAUUAUAUUUUUUCAAAACCCUUUUUUUGGGGUGUUACAACUUUUAAGUGGUGUUUUUCCUGAUAGGAAUACUUAUUCAGGAUAAGCAGUUCUUUUUUUAAAUUUUUGCCAUUUAUUGGUUUUCUAAAUGGGCCUUACAACGUCCCUGACUGGAGUGCCAUAUGGGGGUAAUAUGAUAGUUGUAAUGCUACACUGUUUCAGAACUUCGAUAAUUAACAUAUAUAUACAAAAAAGAUCACGUUGUCCAUCACUCAGCCGUGUGUUGUGUGUCAUUUACAAACAUCAGUCCCAUUCAGAAUCUUUUGAGAAUUUAAUUGAACUCCUGUCUUGAAGGGUUUCUUUCAUUAAAGAUAAAUACUCAAUUUUAAAAAAAGGUGUUACUUAAUAUUGACAUACGGAACGUGGUAUGUGACUUCACCUUUAUAUUUGCUGAAUAUCAUCUAAGAAAAUGUUAUCGCUUAAUAGCAAUAUAGGAGUAACAACGCAUUUAAUGUAGUUUUUUUUCCUUCUUCAGACUGUGAAAUUAAAGAUUAUGUUUCUUGAAGAAACAAAUGACAAACAAAUAAUGACAAAGAAUUUUUAAUUUGUAAAAUCAGAUUUGCAAUUUAAGAUGUGUCAAUAGAAAAAUAAGUAUAAUAGUAAAAGAAGUAAUGAAAUGCUGUAUCCAGGUCGGAUAUUCAAGAGUCUUAUUGAACAAGACUCAAACAGAGCUUAAUAGAGACAGAUGGAGGAAUCAUUGUUCCUAUAUAGACACUGGGCUGUGUAACCUGCAGCCAUGAUAAUCAUAACAAAUCAUGAGAUGGUGUCCAAUUUACUUUUACAAAUUGUUUCAUUCUCCGGAACCAAUUGUGUAAUCCAGUUAUAUGUGAUUUCACGCCAUGCUCUGAUAGUUAUGUAGCUAUCAAGACAUUAUCCUCAAAAAAAAAAUAAUAUUUAUUAAUAAACCCAGUUUACAAAUGACAAGAAAGAAAACCUUAAAGAACAAAAGACAUAUUCGAUAAAAAGUGUGCCCUGCUUGUUGUGUAAUGUUAUUGCCUCAGUUUGGUCUCGAGAAAUGAUUCCUAGUUUGUUGUUUAACAGUAUUGAAUUAUACAAUCUGUAAUCUAGACCCUAAGGCAUUUAAGUCCCUAGGCCCCCUCAUGCCUGGGUCGUUUGAAGGUGGGGGAGCCCUGCAAUUUAUCUAAUAGGGGGAGACAGGAGGAACCGCACAAAGGGUACACUUCUCUGUACGGUAGAAUAUUGUUCCAUCUGUCACCAGCACGCACUGCAUGAUGACGACAGACAUAGAUUUGACAUUUGUCCAUCCAAAACACAGUUCUAGGCUGCCAUAGUCCCUUAUCUGAUCUGAUGCCCCUGGCACACAAGAACACAUAUCUUUGAAUGCGUAGUGUUACAUGCAUACAGACUCUUAGAAAUUUCAAAUCACUGAAGUGGUCAUAGUGGUUAGAAUAACCCUUUCAUUUUUUAUACAUGUAGCAUAUGUUAGGGUAGACUUUGUAAACUCCUACAAGCAUGACCCUUUUUUUAGGUCACAUUGGAGGGAAGAGAAUAAUCAAUUUCCAAAGUUUCAAAUAUCUCUUAAACUGAACAGCUAUGACUAUUGCAACUUUGCAAAAGAGCGUUUGUUACAGAAUAUGAAGUAGCAUUUUCCGAUUUUAGCUCCUCUUUAGGAAAAGGUCUACCUGUCAUUUUACAAGACAAAAAAGAGUAUUACCGAUUAUUUACUGUUAUGAGAUUUAUUAACGGAACAAAUAAUUUUGAUGAAUUCAAAACUGAAUUGUACAAUUUUGGCUAACGUAGAUAAUUUAGUAUUGUCUAUGUCAACCCUAGUCACAACUCUGCUAUUUCAGCUAAAACGUUGUAGUUCUGAUUGCAAUUCAGUGUUUAGUGAAGGGACCCCACCAUCCUGAUGAUUUGUGAGACUGAAAGUCCGCAAUGACCUUUGUAAAAUAAAGCGAUCAAUAAGUGUAUUGAUUAGAACCAUUACAGUAGAAAACCACAACGAUGUCUUCACAAGGAGUGCACUAUGAAAACACGAUUUUCGUUUCAGAAUAGUCAGACCUAUGGGAUUUUCCUUCACCCUUGACCUGAUUGAGUUAAGAAGAGAUCGUCUUUACACUGGCAAAUAGGUGUUGUCCAUUCUCUUUACCGAUGAAAACCUGGUUGCGGAAACUGCUGCGUGUGAUUCUGUUUUGACAUCCGAAAUUCAAUGUGUCGUAAGUUAAUUAGGAAAAACAAACGUGUAAAAGUAAUGAAAGACAAUAAAAUUAAAGAAAAUUAUUUGUCAGAAAGGCAACACUGGGUAAUUUAUCAUGAAGUCUUUCAUCGUGAAAUGUGCAGAUUGUGUAGAAAACAACUCCGCGACAAACACAUGAAUCCAGGUAUUUUUGUCCUUACAUCUGCCGAAUACCACAUGUUGUCUGGAAAAACUGAAUAUAACACAUACUGAAAACAAGAGUGGGUAGAAAAUGUCAGGAAUAUUGAUGGACUUAAAACACUUGUGUUUUAUUUUUAUAAGACUUUUAUCCCUGUGGAAUAUUAUACCUCAAAAUAAACGUGAUUUUUGUUAUGUGAAUGUCUAUGUUUAUUUUAUUAUUGUGAAUACAUUGUUUGCUAUUAUGUUGGAAAUGUGUUGCACAGAAUAGAAUUCUUAUGUACUGCAAGACUCAUUACACAACAUUGAGCAUGGAUUUAUGGACAAUGUUCCCAAUGUAACAUCA